AUGGCUGAUUCCGGCGAAGGUGGCGGCAAUGGUGGUGGUAGCGUUGGUGGUGACGAGGUUCGGUUGAGUGGGGAGACCGAGGGCCCUCGAAUCGACGAUCAGUCGGUGGGCGACGCUCCAGUGGUGAUCGGCGCAGGCAUUUCAGUGAGUGACAGAGGCGGUGAUGGCCAUGCAGCAGGGGUGACUGGUGGUGAAGAGGGGCGGCGUACGCCAGGCGGGAUGCGGUGUACGCCAGGCUCCGUUGUCAUAGUGGGUCCACAGGUUCGUCGAUUGGAUCCAAGCAGUGGGUUAGAGGGUGUGGUGAUCACCGGCUUGGGUUCGGCUGAAGCCGGCGGCUCUGGCAGGGGCAGUGGUGAUGAUGGUGAUCGGCCAGAGACGCCGGUGAGAGAUCCAGCGAGAGGCAAGGGCCCUGUGGUUAAAGAGGGAGCAUCCGGGGCAGUACCCAUGGAGGAGGUGGAGUUUCGGCCAGCAGUGGGGUCUUCGGUUCACGUGCCCAUCACUCGGGGGGACUUUGCCGAAUUUGUGUCUGAGGAGGAACUUGGCCGGUUGCUCCAGGAGAACCCGGGGGUGGUGGCUGCUGUGUUGGCUGCGCGGGAGGACAGGGCCCGGCAGCUUUGGAACUGUUGUAGCCUGAAUUGA